AUGGUUUUGGAUUCUAUUAAUGGUCGUUUGUAUGUGGGAUCUGUAAAUAGACUUUAUAAAUUGACCAGUGAUUUGGAGACAGAAGAGAUUGAGGUAACGGGACCAAAAGAUGACAACCCUGAUUGUAAACCUCCAGAUUUUGUGCAGUGUAAUUCUACGCUUGUGUCAACAAAUAAUAUCAAUAAGAUUCUAGUCAUUGAUACAGAUAAUAGCCAAUUGAUAACCUGCGGAAAUGUCUACAGAGGUUCUUGUGAAACGAGAAAUAUGGAUACAUUAGAUUUGAUAAAGUGGUAUGAUAGACAGGUAGCAACAACAUCAACUGAUGGGUCUACGGUAGCAAUAAUUGCCCAUGGUCCAAAUAAUGACAACACUGGACUUGGUCCAAAUGUGUUGUAUGUUGGUAGAAGUGGUGUCCCCGAUGAGGCUCGAUGGAUUCCUCUUUCUAGUCGUCUACUUUCAUCUAAUAACAAUGAGGUUCCAUUUACUAUACUGCAGGAUAAAGUGGGAAAAGCUGGAUUUGUACAACUGAAAGUGGUUAACAGCAAUUCAGCUUUGGAAUAUGAAGAUAUUGAAGUUGUCCAUGAUAAUCCGGAAAUUGUACAAAAUGGUUUGCUAUUCGAUGCUGAAAAUGACAACAUUUACGUCAUGAGCAAAAGACAGAUCACUAAAGUGCCUGUCGAGAACUGUGAAAAUUUUACAACUUGUGACGAUUGUCUUGAAGUUAACGGUGUUGGAGAUCCAUACUGUGGUUGGUGUACGCUGGAAAACAGGUUUAUAGUGUUACCCUUACAUGCUGAUGAGUGCUCAAGAUGGAAUGUUUGCCAGGGCCACACAGUUAUAUCUGAUAAUAGAUGUAUUGUCGAUUUUCAAUGUCCAAGCGUUGAUGUUGAUCCGGGUACUGUGGAUUGGGACAAAAUGGUGUUAUUGACGCUAAAAUUAACCCGUUUACCACAGUCUCUGAGUGGAUUUAAAUGUGUAUUUGAAACUAUUGGUACAACAAAUGCGGCCCCGACUGACGAAAGUAACGUUUUGACUUGUACAACUCCUCCACCGAGUAACAUACCGUCACCUGGAAGCAGAGGUUUCCUCAAAGUGAAAUUGUCAAUAUUAUCAGAAGAAGUCAAUGACAAAUUUGUCAGUACUGAUUUUUAUUUUUGUGAUUGUGACUCCUUGAAGACGUGCAUGACAUGUACUGAAAACAACUGUGGUUGCGAUUGGUGUGUUUUUGAAAAUAUUUGUUCUAAAAAUGUCAGUUCCUGUAAAAUUGAAGGUGUUGUCAGAGGCAAUGCAAAUGAAGCUAAUAGUUCUCAGCAAUGUCCGCAAAUUAAGGAAAGUGCUGAAACAAUAAUUCCUGUUGAUUUGCCUGAAGAGUUCUAUGUUGUUGGGGAGAAUUUUCCACAACCUUUAGAUGGCCAGACUGGGUAUGAAUGUAUUCUACAUAUAGAAGGGGUGGAAGUCAUUGCCACAGGAGAACGAGAAAGUGCAGAGUGCAUUAAAUGCCGGAGUUACAAGUACAUGUAUUCGGAAGACGUCAUCAGUAAAUUAGUCACCUUACAGUUGAAAUGGAACAACGAUUUUGAAAUUGACAAUCCGGAUAACAUCCAAGUUAAUCUGUACAAGUGUGAUGUUGAGCGUCCUAAUUGCGGAAUUUGUCAGCAAGCUGAGUUGAAAUACCAAUGUGGUUGGUGUAAUAAUGUAAAUGAGCAGAAAUGUACGGUGGUCGACAAAUGCAAUCCGGAAGAUUCUUGGUUGACAAGGGAGGACAUUUGUCCUAAUCCAACCAUUACUAAAAUUAAACCAGAAGCGGGUCCUAUUGAAGGGGGCACAAGACUGACAAUCAUGGGGAGUAAUUUAGGAACGAAUUCGUCUAAUGUUAAACAUAUUGACGUCGCCGGACUAGAAUGUCUACCACAGACAGAUGGAUAUAAGAUUGCAGAACAAAUACAAUGUCUCACUAGUGCUAGUAAUGGUAUUCAAUCAGGUCAUGUCUCCAUAACUAUUGGAAAUAAUCAAAGGUCGUACAGCGGGGUUUCAACUAGUCAGUUCUCUUAUGUGGUGGUCAAAAUAUAUUAUAUUUUCCCGAUGAAAGGUGCACAGUCUGGCGGAACCAAGGUCACGGUAGUUGGGGAAAAUCUGAACGCAGGUAGUAAUAUAACGGCAACAAUUGCUGGGUUGAAGUGCUGUGUUACAGAUGGCGGAACUACAAUUACAGUUCUUGGACAUAAUUUGAAUAUUGUACAAACGCCCUUAUUGAGAGUCUAUAUAGAUAUGCAUCAUUAUGACGCGACAUGUAAAGUGCGAUCUUCCAGUGCGAUGCUGUGUACAGCACCAAAUAUAUGGGCAAGUAACAUUGAACCAACAGCAGAGCAACCAUAUUUAGUAGAUUAUGGGUUCAUAAUGGAUAAUGUGGAAAAUACAACACAUCUGAAAGACACGCUAUUUGGACCAUUUUCAUAUUUUCCCAACCCAGUAUUCUAUCCAUUUGAUGGUGUUAAAGAGUACAGAGGACUUGGGGAGGAUCCAAUCGUAAUCAUGGGCGAGAAUUUAAAUUUGGCCGUGAAUGAAAGCGAUUUUAGAGUAAUGAUUGGCAGUGAAUUUUGUGAAGUGGUUUCCCUGGCAUGGAAUCAGCUGACGUGUGUGCCAUCUUCACAUCCGCCAAAUAAAGGAAAUGACAAAAGAGCGGUAGAAUUAUGGGUAAAUAGUUAUGCAUUGUAUCUGGACUGUGUAACAGUUAAGGCUGCUCGUAGUUUUUUGAACUAA